AUGCCCAAGCACCCAAAAGUUGGCAAUCAUACGCUCAGAAAAGUCAAAAUCGGACAGUGUUCUGGAGACCUAGAAUAUUUUUUCACAAAGUUCUCUGCCCCCAAUCUCACACAGCUCCUGCUUGAAAAAGCAGGCUCCGUCAAAAACUGGAACUCGAUUCGGACUGUUGUCGAGGCUUCUGGUCCUCAGCUAACGACACUCGGAAUUAUCAUUCAUGCAGACGGAUGGGAUUACGUUUCACUGCUCUCGUUAUUGUCUAACACGCCGGUCCUCGAAGAUUUACGGAUUAAUGCUCAAAUACGAUAUGAUCCAGUCCAGCUUUUCCACAUAAUAGCCAAGUCUUCGACGCUCGACGUGGACAUCCGUCGACCACAAAUCCUUCCUGUGCUACGAUCCUUUAGGUAUCAAGGCUAUAAAACAUGGGACGAUCAGAUCCUGAGAACCCUUGUUCAAAAUCUUGCCCUCUUGACAGUCUAG